UCGAGGCAAGAGCCGUGACAUUAUUCCCCCAGAAAUUCACUUCAACGCGAGAGAGAAGAGAGAGAAUGAACUCAAAAUAAUAAUGUUAGAAUUGAAUUUUAAACUAUUUUUGCUGCUGCUAAUCUGGACUCCUGGCUGGAUUAAAUGUUCGCCAGCUGCCCUUCCCCAGGUAAAGGAUUUGAUAAGUGAUCCACAGACGAUUAAUCGGGGUUUGUCGGGGCCGGCCAUCAGUAAUACGGCUGAAAACAAUCAAUUUGAGAAUCGGGCCACCGUUUUAACGGGUCAAGGUUUGGAGGAUGGCAGGUUUUUGGAUGUACCAAUUUUGCCCAAUGUACCCAUUGCACUCUUGGCAAGUAACAACGAGUUUAGUCCCUUGCCUGGCGGCAUUAGCAAUCAGGCUUUGAAUAAUCAACAAGUUGAUCAAUUUUCAAGUUUGACUGGCCAGGGUCUGACGGACAGUGAUUUUGCUCAAGUGCCCGUGGUGGCCAGUGCUCCAGUCAUUUUGCUGUCUCAAAAUAAACAGCAAACCACAGGAGCGGGUGGCAUUGAAAAUGCCGUCAAAAGCAAUCAGAAGGUUGAUCAAUCCUCCAAUUUGCAAGGCCAAGGCCUCACGGACAACAAUUUUGCCCAAGUACCCGUGUUGGCACGAGCUCCCAUCACUGUGCUGGCCCAAAAUGAACAGUUGGCUGCAGGACCAGGUGGCAUUAAAAAUGUCAUUCAAAACAGAGAAGAAGUGGAUCAAAGCUCUAAUGUCCAAGGAACUGGAAACUCAGACAACGAUGGUGUGCAGCUGCCUGUUCAGGCUUUGGUGCCUGCUAAAGUUUUAGCUAAAAACACCCAAGUGGUGACAGGAGGCGGUCCCAAUGGCAACAUUGUCAACCAAAAUGCCGAUGAGCAAAUUUUCAAUCAAGCCUCCAGCCUAACAGGACAGGGCAACUCUGGGUUUGAUUUGGCCCAAUUGCCCGUAGGAGUUUUAGUGGCGCCCGAUGUUUUGACCAGCAAUACCCAAACAAUUACAGGCAGUGAGGGUGGAGAAAUCCUAAACGAAGAUCUGAAGGUGCAAAAAGUUGACCAAAGCAGCAAACUAACUGGCACCGGCAACACGGAUGUGGAUCUAGUCAAGGGUUCGGUAUUGGCAAAUGUUGUACCCGCAGUUUUGACCCAGAACACACAGACCAUUACAGGGAGCGGUAAUGGUUCGGGGGGUAUUACCAAUACGGUGGUCAAGGCCCAGGAUGUUGAUUUAAGUGACACAUUUGAGGGAGAUGACAAUACCAAGGUCAAUCUGCUGAAAGCUGCCCCCGGAAUUCUGGCACCUUUGGGCAUUCUGACACAAAGUCAACAGGUGGCGCCCGAUGGUACCAUCGAGGAUGUUAGAAUUAAUUCGCAGAAAGUCAAUACCGACACCAAUGUCCAGGGUGAUGGCAAUAAAAAAUUCGAAGUUGGUAGUCUGACACCCCAGCUGUUGUUGGUUGGUGGCAUAUUGGGUUCCAAGGAGCAAAGUACCGGUGGCUCCCAGGGUGGCAUUAUCAAUAAACUGCUCAACAAACAGGAAAGUUCCGGAAGAGUUGCCAUCAAUGGCAGUAACAAUGACUUGACCCAACUGCUGAUACUUGAUCCUCAAAUUGGUUUGGAUUUGGGUUUAAUUAACAACGAAGAUCAAGCCACAGGCGGUGGAGGAUCCGCCAGUAAUACUGAUCUGUUGGAGCAAAAAUCUGAUAACUCUGUUUUGAUAACCGGUGAUGGCAAUACCCUGAAUCGUGGUGCCGUCAUAACACCCCAGGCUGCUGUCAAGUUACGUAUUUUGGAAAUUGGCAAACAGGUAACGGGUUUGUUGACUGGCGAGGAGUUGACCGAUGAGGAGUGUGCCGCCGAAGAUAAAGUGGGCAUAAUUCAGGAACAGCGCAAUGAUGUCACAGCCGUGGGAGAUGGCAAUACUGUUAACACUCUGGCGAAUGUGGGUGCCCAGGUGGCUGUGGAUGGUAAAAUUGCCACAAAUUUGAUAAAAAGUUUAAGGUGCAAGGGUAGAAAGCCCCCAACCACACAACCGCCCACGGAACCGCCUACAGAUUCAACCACGGAACCUCCAACGGAGCCACCAACGGAACCUCCGACAGAGCCUCCAACGGAGCCACCCACAGAACCACCAACCACAACAGAACCUCCUACCGAGCCACCAACCGAACCUCCCACAGAACCUCCUACAAAGCCUCCCACCAAACCACCCACUAAACCCACACCAUGUCCCCCAUAUCCCACGUAUCCACCAUUCCCAACCUAUCCUACCCCACCAACAUAUCCAACACCUCCUCCCUAUCCAACGCCACCCACAUAUCCUCCAUUCCCCACACUGCCACCGUAUCCACCAUAUCCCACACCGCCGCCCUAUCCCACUCCCCCACCUUAUCCCACACCACCCAGCUAUCCAACACCACCCACCUACCCAACACCACCUACCUACCCCACUCCACCCAGCUAUCCCACCCCACCCAGCUAUCCCACCCCACCCAGCUAUCCCACCCCACCGCCAUAUCCUCCCUUCCCAACCUAUCCUCCGUAUCCACCAUUCCCAACUUUCCCACCACUACCCACAUUCCCACCCUUCCCUCCAUACCCUACACUGCCACCACACCCUCCAGUGGAACCACCAAAACGACGUUGCUAUCGCAAAUAUUGCCGCAAAUGGAAGAAAACUGUUUAUCGUUGUACCAACCACUAUUAAGAAAUGUCAGGGAUGGAAAUUCAAAUGACAUUUUCGAGUUUAGUUUUGAAAUCGGAAUUAUGAAUGGCUUAAAUAAAAAAAUAUAGAAUCAAUACUCGAUUUUUUUGGG